CCGUUGCCCAGACACUCACCAAUGCCAUCAACAUCCUCAUUGGUAUUGCGCUCCUGUCAUUUCCACUGGCACUUAGAAAUGCUGGUUGGCUAUUCGGAGCUUUGCUACUAGCUUUCACCUGUCUUUUAACCAACUACACCGCAAAGAUCAUUGCUCGCUGUUUGGACUACCCUAAAGCCUCCUUCGUCCUAAAGACAUACGGUAAGUACUAGCUAACCAUCCUGCCAAACAACGGUUUCUAAUAUGUUGUCCCCUCGUACAGCUGAUAUGGCAGGUGCAGCAUAUGGUACACGAGGUCGAAUAUUUAUAUCCACCAUGUUCAUGUUAGAGCUUAUAGCUGCCUCGGUGGCACUGAUUGUUUUGUUUGCUGACAGUUUACAUGUGUUGUUUCCCGACAUUGGUACCGUCACGUUCAAAAUCUUGGCUUUCUUCACUCUGACUCCAACCACGUAUCUCGCUAUUCGUCACCUGUCCUACACAAGCUUUGUAGGUAUUUUGAGCUCCUUCACUCUAGUUCUUGUCAUAUGCUAUGAUGGAGCCUCCAAAUCGGAGCGUCCAGGUAGCUUGUUGGACCCUAUGCCAACCAAUUUGCUACCGGUGAACUGGAUGACUUUGCCUUUGGCAUUCGGGCAAAUGGCAGCAGGAUUCGCCGGUCACGCAACCUUUCCUUCCGUCUAUCGUGAUAUGGCCGAACCCGAACAUUUCCCUCGAGUCGUCAACUAUACCUAUCUUGCAACUAGCUUAAUCUACGCCUUCAUGGCAGCGGCAGGAUAUCUGAUGUUCGGAAAUGACGUUAAAGUCAUUAUGGAAAACAUGAUGGCUACACCGGGGUAUAACCAGCUACUAAACAAGCUUGCUGUUUGGCUCAUUGUCAUCAAUCCUUUUACAAAAUACGCUCUGACCUUGAGCGGCGUCAAUUUCACCAUAGAACUCUCUAUCUUCAGACAUCCGGCCUUUUCAUCCCUCACAAAGAGCAAGUUCGCUAUGCAUCUCGUCCAAUUUGUAUCUCGCCUUCUCGUCAGUUCUGUGGUGAUUAUAAUAGCCAUCUUGUUCCCUGCAUUUGAUCGUGUUAUCGUAAGCCUCGUUCUUGUUUGAAAUUUGGUUUGGCUCCUCCCCCUUACUCUGCCAAUUUUAUUGACCCUGAACACUUCCAUGUAGAGUCUUUUAGGAUCUUGCUUCUCGUAUUCCAUUG